AUGACCGUAGAGAAAUCGGGAUACGCACCGUUUCGCGUUGGGACAGAGACGUACCAAACUUGGUACAAGGUUGUGGGCGAGCUGGGAGCCGGACGUAGACCGAUCGUGUGUCUGCAUGGAGGGGGAGGAAUGACACAUCACUACAUGUUACCACAUGUCGCGCUCAACUCGCGCCUUGGCGUUCCCGUCGUUUUCUAUGACCAGUUGGGGAACGGCGAAUCAACUCACCUCCCGGACGCGCCUAAAGACUUCUGGAAGCCCGAUCUAUGGGUGGACGAGCUUAACAAUCUCCUCCUAUAUCUGGGUAUCUCCGAUGGCUUUGACCUCCUUGGAAACUCUUGGGGAGGCAUGCUUGCGGCGCAUUUCGCAUCAACGCAGACGACCCCUGGCCUAAAGAGCUUGAUAGUAUCCAACUCCCCGGCGUCGAUCCCUUUAUUAAAGGAAGCGACAGAAGCAUUGAUCGAUCGAUAUCCCGACGCUGCUGCAAAAAUGCGGAAGCAUGCUGAGGCAGGAACUUUCACCGACCCAGAAUAUCGAUUAGCUGCGCAGUCCAUCCACGCUCAACAUUUCUGCCGAGCCCAUCCCAUACCUGAAGAUCUCAUGACGUCCCUCACUUCGGUGUCCAAGGACCCGACAGUGUUCUCUACCAUGGUCGGUCCCUCGGUAUAUCACAUAAUCGGGAACAUAAAGACCUGGUCCAUUAUCAACAAACUAAACAAGAUUUCUUGUCCCCUGUUACUCAUCAGUUCUCCGCAUGACUUCGUGCAGCCUAGUGCGAUCACCCCAUGGUUCCAAGGUGUCCCCAAGGUGAAGUGGGUAGAGCUGCAGAAUAGCACCCAUAUGCCGAUGUUUGAGGAACCUGAGAGAUAUUUUGAUGUCCUAGUAGCGUUCUUAAAUCGCGACGAAGGAGGCUGUCAGGUCGAGCCAUCAUAA